AUGGCAAUUUGACACAAACCCCAACUCCUCGGCGCUCUGAACUCAACCACUCGGGUUUUCAUGACUGUCUGAAAUAUACGGAUUUGAUGGUACUAGCAGCCAAUAGACGACAUGGUGACGAUGUUUAAUGCAGUCUCAGAUGAACAAACCAGUCGUGAUCAGUCGCAGUCAACUGAGUAAAUGGCUGACAACGACUCAGGUCAAGAUGGUGGGUGUUCCGGUUGGCUCGUCGUUCUGGGGUCCCAUAUUUGCGCGAUGUUUGUAUUCGGCGUAUAUCAGUCUAUAGGACCAAUGUUUGUGGCAUUGCAACACUACUUCAAUGCCUCGUCUGCAAGCACAUCAGCGAUAUUGUCACUAUCACUUUUUCUACAAAUGGGGAUGGGGCCAAUAGCAAAUGUGUCUGUAAAGAAGAUUGGAUUCCGGGCAACAGUUAUGGCAGGAGCAUUGAUAUCAUCUAUUGGUUUCUUCAGUAGUUCAUUUGCCCCCAGUAUAAGUGUUCUAUACCUGACCUAUGGAGUUUUUGUGGGAAUUGGUUAUGGAUUGAUUGUGAGUCCUGCAUUGGGUGUCAUUCCAUUCUUUAUCAAGAAGAGAUAUGCUCUAGCGAACGCAUUAUCAAUUGUCGGAGCCGGAACAGGGACUUUCAUAUUCGUUGCUCUUAUUCAGUUUCUGAUUGACAGAUACGGAUGGAGAGGAGCGUUCAUGGUAUUCUCAGCUGUAAACGCUCAUAUGUUCAUAUCUGGAUCUCUCUUCAAAGCACCACCCACGCAAAGGAUAAAUACCUCUGAUAAAGCCUCAAUCUUGCCGAACCCAGCAAACUCGCACUGCUGGUUUCUAUUUUUGCAGGCACUGGUAUAA